UUAAAAGGUCUUGCUUGCUGCAAUUUCCCUUCAUCUGGUCCUUGUUGAUUGUCUUGAUUUGCCUGGCACAUUUUCCCAGAGCACACAUAUACGCAUACUAUCUUUAUCUCUCGCAUUUAAUACAAGAGUAGAUCAUCAUGAAGAUUACAAAAAAGAUUGAAAAGGCUUUGGCGGAGGAGCGAUGCUUCUGGUCAUUUGAGUACUUCCCUCCAAAGACGGAGACAGGUGUUAUCAACCUCUACGACCGUAUGGAACGGAUGUACGCCCUUGGCCCAGAAUUCAUUGACGUGACCUGGAAUGCGGGAGGUAGUAGUUCGGAUGUGACGAUGCAAGUCUGUACAACCGCGCAGUCAGUAUAUGGUCUGGAAACCUGCAUGCAUUUAACAUGUACAAACAUGCCGAGAGAAAAGAUUGACAUUGCGUUGCGGGAUGCGAAGGCGGCUGGAAUACAAAAUAUCCUUGCGCUCCGCGGUGAUCCACCACGUGGCCAGGAAAACUGGACAAAGUGCGAGACGGGUUUCUCAUACGCACGGGACCUUGUCAAGUACAUUAGAGAGGAAUAUGGCGAUUACUUUUGUAUUGGUGUAGCUGGCUACCCUGAAGGACACACAGAAAACCCCGACAAGGAGGAGGACAUGCAACACCUGAAAGCAAAGGUCGAUGCUGGUGCCAACUACAUUGUUACCCAACUUUUCUACGAUGUAGACCUGUUCCUUGACUGGGAGAAGCAAUGCAGGGCCAUUGGUAUUGAUAUCCCCAUUCUUCCGGGUAUCAUGCCCAUUCAAAGUUAUGGUGGUUUCAAGCGUAUGACUACGCUGUGUAAGACGUUUGUCCCUAAAGAGAUUUUGGACGACUUGGAACCCAUCAAGGACGAUGAUAAGGCCGUAAAAGAAUAUGGUGUCAAAUUGGCGGUGAAAAUGUGCAAUACAAUGAAGGACGCGGGCAUUCGUGGGUUCCACUUUUACACCCUCAACCUUGAGCGAUCAACCCGUUUGAUUCUCGAGGGCCUUGGUUUUGUGGCUCCCAUUGAACUUGCCAGGCCUCUUCCCUGGAACCCGUCCUUGGCCAAGAACCGUGAAAAGGAGAAUGUCCGUCCUAUCUUCUGGAAGAACAGGACCCGUAGUUACAUCUUGCGAACGGAGGCUUGGGACGACUUCCCUAAUGGACGAUGGGGAGAUGCUAGAUCACCUGCCUUUGGUGAGAUUGAUGGGUACGGGUUUAACCUCAAGUACCCCGCGGAUGAAUGCCUUCAAAUGUGGAACCAUCCUCAAACGGAAAAAGACAUCUUUAACCUUUUUGCCAAAUACUGUAUGAACGAGUUGAAUGCUCUUCCAUGGAGUGAUUCGCCGCUGUACCCCGAAUCUGACGUCAUCCGUACCCGAUUGGCCGACAUCAACUCAAAAGGCUUCUUGACGAUAAAUAGUCAGCCGGCGGUGGACGGCGCACCGUCCACCCACCCUAUUUACGGAUGGGGACCGAAAAACGGCUUUGUGUACCAAAAGGCCUACCUCGAGUUCUUUGUCUCACCAGAGGCAUUGGACAACAUUAUCACUAAGGUCAGCAGCCACCCGUACAUCACCUACUAUGCCGUAAACAAACAGGGAGACCUUCGAACAAACACGCAAGGCGACUCACCCAAUGCCGUUACAUGGGGAGUGUUCCCCGGUCAGGAAAUCAUCCAGCCAACCAUUGUGGAAUCUGUCAGUUUCAUGGCGUGGAAGGACGAAGCCUUUGAACUUUGGAACAAGUGGGCGUGCCUCUACGAGCCAGAAUCACAAUCUGCCAAAGUGAUUCAAAACAUCUGGGACACGUGGUUCUUGAUAAACAUUGUCGACAAUAACUUCAAGGACGAACAUGCCAUUUUCACCAUUUUCGAUGACGGAACAACAAGUCCACCAGCAUCGCGAUGAAGGUGUUUGAAUGGUGUGAGUGGGGGGAUGACUUUUGGAAUGGAAUAGUAACUUUAUUUUGGUUGUACCAUAGUUGUCUUUUUUUUUUUUUGUGAGUGGGACCAGAUUUGAAUAUAAACUGAUGUUUAUUGAAAAGUAAGCGUUUUCAC